UCUUGCUAACGCAGUACGCUAUUUCAAAAACAUUCAAAAGGUUCAAAAAAAUUAAAAUGAAUUUGGAUCAUUGUUUUAAAUUGUUAAUAGCUUUGUUGUUUAUAUCUUAUUUGGCUGUAGCCAUGAUUGAAAAUACAAAUGAGACAGCCAUUGUGACAAAGGCUUCUUUGCUCGAAAAAUGUGAUCGUCUUGAUUGUUUAAGUCCAUCACGUUUAAAUUGUAAAAAAAAAAAAUGUAACCAAAAAUGCUCCGAUUUAUCCAAUCUUUGCUACCUUGUUUGUAACAAAAUGAACCUUAAAUGCGAUCAAAAUUGCGAAUGGAACAACUGCAAGCAGUUAUGCGAAACCAAAGAAUGUAAGAUGAUUUGUUAUCAUACAAAUAAAUGUAUCCAGAUAGCUGGUGCUAUUAAUAAAUAUGGAAGUCACCAUCUUAGAUGCACUACUAAUUCAUUGGAAGGAUGUGUUCAAGAGUGUAUUGGGAAGUGCAAUGUGCUAUGUAAUAGCAAAGGUGCAUGUAUGCAAACAAUAACAGCGGUACCAUAUUGUGGAGGGUUAGAAUAUAGCUUAGCCGAAUGCAAUUCUGAUAUGUCGUGUCUUCAACACUGCAAUGGUCAGUUAUGUGUCUUUAUUUGUGACUCUCCGGUAUGCCAAAUCAGUACAAGCGGUUUAGCCAUAGUAUUUUUCUUUAUGUCUCCGCGAGUUAAAAAGGUAACAUUGCACUGCAAUAAUCAAAAAAUAUCAUGGAAUAAUUGGAACAACACAUACAGUUACCGAAUGUGCUAUUGUAUGGAUGAAUUAAGUGUUGCUUUGAUUAACGAAAGCCCUCCGGAGUGCGAGGAGAGUUCUUCUUAUCAGGUCCCAUCUCAUAUUCAACAAUUAGAGAAAAAUAGAUCUGAUUUAAUUUCAGAAGAAUCUCAAAAUUCAACACAGGAUCCUUUAGAAAGUUACUCUUUACUAUUAAAUCUAGAAGAAGAAUUAAAUAAAACUAUAUCAACAUUAAAUAAUGUAACUGCUCUAUCAAAUGCAUCUAAACUGAUAAAGUACAGUUUUUGGUCAAUGUUUUAUUUAAAAUGCGUUUUGUUUAUUAAUUUGAUAAAGUUUUUUAUUAACUUAGGGAAUUAAACGAAGUUAUAUGAGCCUAAUAACUUGUUUUACUUGUAACUUGUUUUGUUGUAGUGUUGUAGAAAAACGGAUUUUUGAUUUUUAAAAUUUGUUAUACUUCGUCCACUUCAUUUUUUGUCGAAGUAUUUUUAUCAUUGCUUUUUAUGUAAAUACCUUUAAUUUUAUGUUGCAAG